AUGGCCACCACCAACCUUUUUCUCGCUAUCUUCUCUCUUUCAUUCCUCGCACUACAUUUCUCCCCCCUCUCCGCCGCAAAUGACGCCCCAGCCCCGGCGGUCGACUGUUCUAGUCUCAUCCUCAACAUGGCCGACUGUCUCUCUUUCGUUUCCAACGACAGCACCACCACCAAGCCUCAAGGAACCUGCUGUUCCGGCCUCAAGACCGUCCUCAAGGCCGACGCUGACUGUCUUUGCGAAGCCUUCAAGAACAGCGCUCAAUUAGGCGUCGUGCUCAACGUCACUAAAGCCCUCUCUCUCCCUGCUGCUUGCAAAGUCUCCGCUCCCGCUGCUUCUAACUGUAAAUUGUCGAUUUCUCCUGCUUCUUCUCCAGCGGUUACGCCAUCAGCUACGCCAAAAUCAGCGGAGGCAGCGUCGCCCGUUAUGAACGAGCCAACGGGGGCUCCUGCACCUGGAAAGUCGGGAGCGACGGGAGCUUUGGCCUCAGUUGGAUCUGUAAUGGCGGCCAUCGGGGUUGCUCUGUUGUGCAGUGUCUGAUGAUGCGGCGUCGUUUUGAUUGGGAAAAAGGGAAAUGGAAAUUUGUUUAAUGUGUUAUUUUAUUUUAAUUUUCAUGGAAGGGAAUAUUUGUUGGGAGUGUUUGAUUUUGGGUUUCUUUUGUGGGUAUAAUUCGUGGUGUGUGACACAAAAUGCCAUAUUAUAAUAUUCUUUUCUUUUUCACUCA